AUGAUGGGAAGGUCACAUCUACAUCUCACCCACAGCAGCAGCAGGUAUGUCCCCUGACUCACAGUUCUGUCAGAACAGAGCAGACUGACUGCCAAAACAGACAUCAUGACUAUGUGCUGGACUCUGCUACAUUUUUACAUUUACAUUUUCGUCAUUUAGCAGACGCUCUUAUCCAGAGCGACUUACAAAUUGGUGCGUUCACCUUAUGAUAGCCAGUGGGACAACCACUUUACAAUAUUAUUAUUAAUUUUUUUUUUUUUUGGGGGGGGGGGUAAGGCGGGGUAGAAGGAUUACUUUAUCCUAUCCCAGGUAUUCCUUAAAGAGGUGGGGUUUCAAGUGUCUCCGGAAGGUGGUGAGUGACUCCGCUGUCCUGGCGUCGUGAGGGAGCUUGUUCCACCAUUGGGGUGCCAGAGCAGCGAACAGUUUUGACUGGGCUGAGCGGGAACUGUGCUUCCGCAGAGGUAGGGGGGCCAGCAGGCCAGAGGUGGAUGAACGCAAUGCCCUCGUUUGGGUGUAGGGACUGAUCAGAGCCUGAAGGUACGGAGGUGCCGUUCCCCUCACAGCUCCGUAGGCAAGCACCAUGGUCUUAUAGCAGAUGCGAGCUUCAACUGCUACUAUGGUACACACCCUCUAUCCUCUAUCCCAAUGAAAUCCGAUGCUAUCAGAGAGGCACAGAUUCUAUCUCAGCCCUGUCAGCGUGUUUUGUGAUGGUGUGUGUGUGUGUGUGUGACUCGGGAUUGAUGCUGAGGUCAUGAGCGAUGGUGUGGGUUGUUAGAGGUCUGUGCUGAGCGAGCGUGCGUGCGCGUGUGUGUGUGUGUGUGUGUGCGUGUAGCUGACGCUGAGUGUUAAGAGCACAGAGGGAGAAGGCGCUCAUGUGGAAAAUUCCAUUAGGACAGCAGUUUGUGACCGAUAGAAGGACAGACCGUGAGUGAGAGGCAUUACCCAGAAAACACUGCUUCUGUCAGUGCCAGGACGGGUGCCAUGGGCCUAUUCCCUCUAACUGUAACCAGUUUGUCGUUUACACUGGUACACACUCGGCACUGGUUCUCAAUUGACCCGAAACCAGUCUACGGUCGUGGUCAAAUGUUUUGAGAAUGACACAAAUAGAAAUUUUCACAAAGUAUGCUGCCUCAGUUUUUAUGAUGGCAAUUUGCAUAUAUUCCAGAAUGUUAUGAAGAGUGAUCAGAUGAAUUGCAAUUAAUUGCAAAGUCCCUCUAUGCCAUGAAAAUGAACUUAAUCCCCAAAAAACAUUUCCACUGCAUUUCAGCCCUGCCACAAAAGGACCAGCUGACAUCAUGUCAGUGAUUCCCUCGUUAACACAGGUGAGAGUGUUGACGAGGACAAGGCUGGAGAUAACUCUGUCAUGCUGAUUGAGUUAGAAUAACAGACUGGAAGCUUUAAAAGGAGGGUGGUGCUUGAAAUCAUUGUUCUUCCUCUGUUAACCAUGGCUACCUGCAAGGAAACACGUGCAGUCAUCAUUGCUUUGCACAAAAAGGGCUUCACAGGCAAGGAUAUUGCUGCUAGUAAGAUUGCACCUAAAUCAACCAUUUAUCGGAUCAUCAAGAACUUCAAGGAGAGAGGUUCAAUUGUUGUGAAGAAGGCUUCAGGGUGCCCAAGAAAGUCCAGCAAGCGCCAGGACCGUCUCCUAAAGUUGAUUCAGCUGCGGGAUCGGGGCACUACCAGUGCAGAGCUUGCUCAGGAAUGGCAGCAGGCAGGUGUGAGUGUAUCUGCAUGCACAGUGAGGCAAAUACUUUUGGAGGAUGACCUGGUGUCAAGAAGGGCAGCGAGGAAGCCACUUCUCUCCAGGAAAAACAUCAGGGACAGACUGAUAUUCUGCUAAAGGUACAGGGAUUGGACUGCUGAGGACUGGGGUAAAGUCAUUUUCUCUGAUGAAUGCCCUUUUCGAUUGUUUGGGGCAUUCGGAAAAAAGCUUGCCCGGAGAAGACAAGGUGAGCGCUACCAUCAGUCCUGUGUCAUGCCAACAGUAAAGCAUCCUGAGACCAUUCAUGUGUGGGGUUGCUUCUCAGCCAAGGGAGUGGGCUCACUCACAAUUUUGCCUAAGAACACAGCCAUGAAUAAAGAAUGGUACCAAUGCAUCCUCCGAGAACAACUUCUCCCAACCAUCCAAGAACAGUUUGGUGACGAACAAUGCCUUUUCCAGCAUGAUGGAGCACCUUGCAAUAAGGCAACAGUGAUAACUAAGUGGCUCGGGGAACAAAACAUCGAUAUUUUGGGUCCAUGGCUAGGAAACUCCCCAGACCUUAAUCCCAUUGAGAACUUGUGGUCAAUCCUCAAGAGGCGGGUGGACAAACAACCCCACAAAUUCUGACAAACUCCAAGCAUUGAUUAUGCAAGAAUGGGCUGCCAUCAGUCAGGAUGUGGCCCAGAAGUUAAUUGACAGCAUGCCAGGGCGGAUUGCAGAGGUCUUGAAAAAGAAGGGUCAACACUGAAAAUAUUGACUCUUUGCAUAAACUUAAUGUAAUUGUCAAUAAAAGCCUUUUGACACUUAUGGAAUGCUUGUAAUUAUACUUCAGUAUACCAUAGUAACAUCUGACAAAGAUAUCUAAAAACACUGACGCAGCAAACUUUGAAGACCAAUACUUGUGUCAUUCUCAAAACUUUUGACCACAACUGUACACAUACACCAUCUUCUCUCAAACCAGCCUGCACUCAUACACCGCUAUCUAGUAUAGUGCCCUCUGAGACAGGAUUAUUCCAAGGUGACCUUGGUGCGGCAGCUCAUUACUUUUAGUUUACGCAACUACAAUGUCUCUGUGUUAUCAGAUUUACUCUUAAGUACAGACUCUGUUUCCUUCAUUGUGUAUUCAGUGUGUGUGGUCUUCCUAACCUGGUAAAUCAUUGUAAGUGUCUGAGUUACGUUGGUUAUUUUCUUUAAAUGAAUGAUGACAUUGAGGGAUUACGGUUUCUCUGAGCCACAUAGUAUGGCUCUGCUCUCUCUCUGUUUCUCUGCGGCAUUGUGGAUCUUUGAGUGACCUUUGCUGCAAGCCCCCUCCAUCCUCGUGUGUGUGUGUGUGUGUGUGUGUGUGUGUGUGUGUGUGUGCUCUCUCACUUGUUUGUACAUUUGCAGUAGAGCUUUUUAUCCGUCAUUCUGUUUUUGGUGCCUGCCUUGGUUUGUUAAUCUGCCCAUCCUGUCGAGCUGUGAGGAGGAUUGUGUGGGGAUUUGAGGAGUUUGAACACGCUAUCCUGUCACACACACUCUCCUGUGUGGUCACGGUCACAUCAGGUCCUGUCUGCACUGCGGCCAGGUCACCUGUGGUCAGUGCAAGGGAGGCAGUAGAGCCCCAGAGGCAUUCUAUUUCUAUGGUAGCCUCUGAGUGUGUGAUCACACCUAGAGGAGGGGUGUUGUCACCCUCCUAGAGCGCUCUGGCUCCAGACCUGUUUGUAUUCACAGUCUCUGAUUGCACAGUUCCUCUUUUCAUAAGAGACCAGAAAUAUUGAUUUCUCUCACAAUCUAUUAUGAAAGAAUUAGGGUGUUAGGGUACGGUGGAAAACUAGUGUGGUGGGUAAGCAGAAGCAUCAAACCAUUUGAAGACAGCAACCAAAGCAUUUGGAUUUGUAGGAUAAAAUAAAUGCUUCUCAAGUGCUGGAUUUGGAGUAUUCCUUUUUGCAAAUGGGUCCAUAGUACAUGAUGUAAUAAUUUGUCUCCAUUUACUAUCAGUCUAUAUAUGACUGUGAAGUAGUCUCAUAUCUCUGGGUGGACUUGCUUUUCUCUGUUCUUAUCAGUUCAGUCUCAUCUGUCGUCUGUCUUAUCACUCUUUUAUGCUCUUCAUUUCAUUCCCUCCCUCUUCUAUUGGAUGAGGUAAUCCAGUGAACCUCCUCCACCUAAUCAUUCCCGAGCAGAGCAGACCGGGAGGCUAACGUUGACGUAUGCAUUUUUUCCAUUUAUAUUAGCAGAUGCUUUUAUGCAGCGUGGCAUAAAGGGUGAAAGUCAGAACAGACCCAGCAGCAGUGUUGCGUAAUGUCCUGUAGGAACCGCUGGGAGACCACCGUCCUACUGAUAUGUGUUGGGAGGAGAGGGUGGCAGGGCACUAAUCCUGCUAGUCCCAAAGUCACCAGUCCACUUCUCCAUUCACAUCCACAGUGAUUGAGCUGUAUACUGGAAUUAGAGUCAAUCUAGGCUUAACUGUCCUGUCUGUCUGCUGAUACAUAUUCAUGUAUUAGACCCCUGGUCGCAAUACUCUAGCUCAAGUCCAAACAUUUUAAAGUAGGCUGCAAAAAAGUAGACUAAAAUCAUUCCAAUCACGAUUAAAAUGCAACGGCUGUUAAGCGUAUUGAAAGGCUUGCUUGAGGACCAUGUAGAGCAUCGCUCGGAGAGAAGAUGCCAGCCUGCACGCCUUUCUCUCACUUUAAGAAAGCAGAGACCGUGCCAGACAGUUUGCUUUGCCGGUAAGUCGUUUAGGCAGUGCGCCGAUUGCUUUGAAUUUGAUGUCUGCAUUUGAACUCGGCCUUGUAAACCUACUAGCCUAACGGCCAGCUGUUUUACACAGCUUCCUCUAAAGUAAAUUGAAUUGAACUUGCCAAAAUUAUAUAAUUACUCCCGUCUAUACAAAAAGCAAUACAAUCCUUCAAAACACUACACCAGAGAGCAUGAUUUAGCCACAGAGGAUCAUUAGCUUUCAAAAAUAAAAAAUAAAAAAAUAAAAAAAGCUAUUGAUUGUAUGAAAAUCAUAAAGCCAGGGCAUAAUCUAGAGUGGGCAGUAUUUCAAAUGGCUGAUUUGUUGAUUUGCGGCUAUCAGUGAAAAUCAUCUUAAAUAGGCCUAUCGCAAUAUUUCGAAAUACAAUCGCUGGAAAAACACAAAAGAUAGGAAACAAAGAAAAUAACUCUAACCUGUGUUUUAGUUAGGCUAUCAAAAUUCUCAACUCCCAAUAGGCUACUGUUCGCUCAAUAGCCUAUCUUAUUGGCACUAUAGGGAGAGCAUCGGCCAUAUCCCCGGUGAGUGCACAUAUUCACGGGUGAGUCCUUGCUCCUGGAAUUUGUGUGGGUUUUUAUUAGGACAAUUUCCUCCUUUUUUUAUUGAUCCCAGUUGGUCAGUGUCAGCAGAGUAGCAUACCCUGACAUUUUUUACUGGUAUUAAAGAUUCUGCUAGAUUCACAGCUAUGCGGAGCCAACUCAUUUAGGGCCGUUAUUACUAGCCCCUACAUUUGUCACAUACCUUGAUUGUGUCUUACAUCAUAACUGUUAACAGAUUGCAUUCAUUCAUGGAGUACAUGUGGGCCACAGCAACCCCCUCCCCUGCCUACACAACCUCCUUUUUAGGAUUACUAGAUGUGUGUGUGUGUGUGUGUGUGUGUGUGAUCACCUAGCACAUAGAUAGGCUCUUCACAAUAGGCAUAAAAAUACACUAGACUACAGUCUCAUUUUCACUGCCUUAGAUUUAAUUAUCUAAUUAAAGUUAAUCAGCCUUAAUCAAUACUGUGGACGGAGGGCAUUAAAACACUGUACCUGGUCGCCAUGGAGACCGAGGAUGUGCAGUGCAGUCAAGCAGCUCUGUAAAAUAUUUCCGUAAUGGACAUACCAGUGGGGGGUGUGUGUGUCUAAUCCCACCUGUGAAAUAGGCCAGAGUAUUUUUACCUCUUCUGUUACAGCUGUAGUCCAUAGUCUAAGCCCUCUGUUGAAGAUGAACCCCCCCCCCCAAAAAAAAUAUCCUAUUACCAAAUGAGUUUUCUCUGGGGUUAAUUUUUAAACAAGUCUGAAUGAGUCAGUGAACGAAUAAGGAAUGUUCCGUUUGCUCAUUUAGUUAAUAGCCAGCAGUUGUGUGGAUCUGAGUGAGUGAGGGGGACAUGAGAACAGUGUGCAGGAUGGAGCAAGAGGAGAGUGGGGCCAAGAUGGAGAAAGAGAGAAUAGUGCUUUGCCCUUUUUUUAUCACGCUGACUAGUGGGCUGGAAAAACAAUUAGAAACUAAACAGUUUCAUGUUUAUGGGAUCGUAAAGUAGGUUCCACCCCAUCUCUGCACCAAUGUGUUUGUAUGUACAAUCUCCUGGGCUUGCAGUCCAAAGUCUACUCUUCCCCUCUGCCUUUCUCUGCAUAAUAAAUGUUGUAUGUGUCCGAAAUGGCACCCCUAUUCCCUAGUGCACUACUUUGGAACAGAGCCGCUGUGUAUGGUGCACUAUGUAGGGAAUAGUGUGCCAUUUCAGACACAUCCGUUGACUUUAUUACAUGGUGCCUCAGGGGAAAAGACUGAGUCAUGUAAUGUGUUGUAGAGUCAGGAGGAUCCUGGAUGUGUAGGGAGGCCCUCUGUGUUAAUAAUGCACUGGCCUCUCCUCUAUUACCAGAACUGGUGUAUUUAUCACCCUAUCAUAUGGCUAAUAAUAACGCAAAGGUCAGCUUGGAUAACAGAGAUGAUUCUCCACUGUUUAAUUGAUGCAUCCAUGUGUCUCACACCAUCUCUCUCUAUUCCUCUCUUGCUCUCUCCAGCAUCAAGUUACUGGCAGUCCAAGACCUGGUAGAUCGGGAGGCCCUUGACAAGGUACAGUGUAGCAAUCCCUUUCUUCACCUACUAGAUCAAAUACUUUUCUUAUUGAUUUGGGGAGCAAAGUUCUGUGUACCCAUUAAUCCACCAGUACAGAUAAUCUUUAUGUUCGUGAUAAUUAUGAGAUGCUCUUGACAUUAAAAACAUGUAGAGAACCUCCCUCCCUUGUUCUCUCUCUCUCACCCACUUAACCUUCUGUUCUUUCUCAAUUAUGCAUAAUUCUCUCCUUUUCUCUCUCUAUCGCUCUUUCUCCCUCCCUCUCCAUUUCUCCUGCUUUUCUCCUUCUUUCUAGCUCUCCCUAUCUCUCUCUCUCUCUCUCUCUCUCUCUCUCUCUCUCUCUCUCUCUCUCUCUCUCUCUCUCUCUCUCUCUCUCUCUCUCUCUCUCUCUCUCUCUCUCUCUCUCUCUCUCUCUCUCUCUCUCUCUCUCUCUGUCUCUGUCUCUCUGUCUCUCUCUCUCUCUGUGUAAACUAUAUUCUAUUUCCAGGCUUAAAUGUAGUGUGAACUGUGAGGCCAGUCUCCUGUGCUUUCACCGCUAUAAAUAAGUCAGUAGUUGCUACGUGUGGAGAGAGGGGUGUCUUCUUUAUGAGUGUGAGGAGAGAUAGGGGACACUGCCCUGGUAUGUUGCUGCACACUGCUAGAAUAACCUGCUUCUCUAUUACUGAAUGUUAUGUAAUGUCCUCAACCCAUUAGGGAUCUCUAUGUGUGUCUGCGCUCUACUUUGGUUAUGAGGUUAGGAGAAUGUAGCUGUGGACAGUCAGAGAAGGUCCUCUCUAGGGACUGCCUGAAUAUGCACUCAAUUAGUUAAAUAGAUAGAUCUAUAGAUAUCAGAUCUAGUCUGAAGAUCAUUUGUGUGUUCACAAGUAUAUGUUGGCAUUGGAGAUUUAUUAUGAACCCUGUCUAGGUCCUGAGCCGGUGUCUGUAAAUGAAAUUUGUGUUUAUAUCAGUGCUGGAGCAGACUUUUAGUAACAGCUGUAGGAGCUGUUUGUGACGAGAGGGAGAGAGAUGAGCCGCCCGUCUGUCUGUCUGGUACAGUAUGUGAUGUGAAUGUGAUGCGCUCCUGGAGAGAGAACUAGGUUGACAGAGCAGAGCUGCUGUCUCUCAGAGAGAGAGAGUUAUAGAGCGAAAGCUCCCCUCUGAAUAGAGGGAUUGAUAGUUUAUUUCUAAAAAAGAGAGGGAGAGAGACUUUCCAAAGGCAGAGAGGAGAGAUGGAGGGGAGGAGGAUGCUUCAUGAAGAGAAAUGAGCCAUCUCUUUCCUCUCGUCUUCUACAGAUUUCAUUCUCCCUCCCUCUAUCGCUGCAGUACAGACAGUCAGUGAGUCACGAAGUGUGAGUGUGAAAUCAGAAAAAUUAUGUCCAAACCCACAGGCUCCUCAAACCCACAGGCUUUCACUCUGUAACUCUCUUUGAGAGACAGCAGCUCUGCUCUGUCGACCUAAUUCUCUCUCAAGGAGCGCAUCACAUUCUAACAUCACUCUAACAUCACAUCAGUCUUCCUUGUCUUAUUCCUCAACUCCCUGUAGGGAUUCUUUAACUGCCCACUGGAAUUUCACAACUUGGAAUAUUCUGUAAAAUUCCAAAACUGAAAUGACCUUUUCUGGGUUCAUAACUUCCAGUUGAGACUUCCCCCAUGAUCAGACAAAACAAGAUAUAACUGUAAAUACAGGCCUACAUGGGAGUAACAUUCAAAUGUCCCUUAUUGAUGUCACCUGUUAAAUCCACUUCAAUCAGUGUAGAUGAAGGGGAGGAGACAGGUUAAAGACAGAUUUUUAAACCUUGAGACAAUUGAGACAUGGAUUGUGUAUGUGUGCCAUUGAAAGGGUGAAUGGGCAAGACAAAAUAUUUAAGUGCCUUUGAAUGGGGUAUGGUAGUUGGUGCCAGGCGCACCGGUUUGUGUGAAGAACUGAUUGACAGAUAUAAAUUAGAAAAUGAGAUGGGAAGAUGGAUACAGUACAGAAAGUGAGUGGUGGAACGGGGUAUUGAACCACUGCCUCCAGGGGCAUGUGUGCUUCAGGGGUGGCAGCACUACCACUAGACCAGCCCCCCCAUUAUAUGUUUACCUUUAAUCUCUACAAAUAUGGUAAACACGUCUGAGGUCGUCAUCUGUGAUGCUGCAUCAAGCACCACACAUUGACUAAACCAACAGUUUGAGUUGGCAUGUUUACUAACAGUUGACAUUUUUCACUGUUUAGUCACUAAGCAUGUGAAGCAGUAUUAGUCACUGUUUUUUCUUCUUCAGAGUUGGCUUAAACAACAAGCAGGAGUAGAGUAACAUGGUUGGGUAGCCAUCAUCUAGCCACUUGGUUACAUCACAACAGACACCCACACUAUUUACCAUUUUCACCCUCACACACACUAAUACUCCCCCACAAUAUCUCAGUCUCUCUUCGCAUUUCACACUCCUACACACUUCCUUUGUAUUUUUCCCUCAGACCUAUAUUAUCUAUUGACGCAACAUGGUGGGAAACAGACGUGUAUAUUUGCCACAGCUAUGCUUCCUUAUUUACAUUAGAACUUGUAACUAUCGGAAAUAAAGCUUUCUUUCCUCUUACUCACUGCUGCUUAAACAAGCCUGCCUGGAAGUGUGUGUGUGCCAGCCAUCUGGACUGUUAUCCAUACUAGGAGGAUUCUGGCCACUGAAAAUCUACGUCAGUUGUGGCAUAUCUGUUAGAAACAACAAAACAUCAGGGUCUGGAAAAUCUAGACUGUUAUGCUUUGAAUCCCAACUGUUCUGAGUGUGUGAGAAGUGGUAUGUUGUCUACUCAUGUUUCAAACGUUGCUGCAGAGUAGAGACUGAGGAGCUAUAACUGAGCUGGAGAAAAUGGUGGCUGUCAGUCUGCCUGUGGUAGUAGGGAGUAACCUGUGAAAGUAGUGACUCUCUCUCUCUCUCUCUAUAUAUAUAUAUAUAUAUAUAUAUAUAUAUAUAUAUAUAUAUAUAUAUAUAUAUAUAUAUAUAUAUAUACAUACAUACAGUUGAAGUCGCAAGUUUACAUACACCUUAGCCAAAUACAUUUAAACUCAGUUUUUCACAAUUCCUGACAUUUUAAUCCUAGUAAAAAUUCCCUGUCAUAGGUCAAUUAGGAUCACCACCUUAUUUUAAGAAUGUGAAAUGUCAGAAUAAUAGUAGAGAAAAUGAUUUAUUUCAGUUUUUAUUUCUUUCAUCACAUUCCCAGUGGGUCAGAAGUUUACGUACACUCAAUUAGUAAUUGGUAGCAUUGCCUUUAAAUUGUUUAACUUGGGUCAAAUGUUUCGGGUAGCCUUCCACAAGCUUCCCACAAUAAGUUGGGUGAAUUUUGGCUCAUUCCUCCUGACAGAGCUGGUGUAACUGAGUCAGGUUUGUUGGCCUCCAUGCUCGCACACGCUUUUUCAGUUCUGCCCACACAUUUUCCAUUUUCUAUAGGAUUGAGGUCAGGGCUUAGUGAUGGCCACUCCAAUACCUUGACUUUGUUGUCCUUAAGCCAUUUUGCCACAACUUUGGAAGUAUGCUUGGGGUCAUUGUCCAUUUGGAAGACCCAUUUGCGACCAAGCUUUAACUUCCUGACUGAUGUCUUGAGAUGUUGCUUCAAUAUAUCCACAUAAUUGUCCUUCCUCAUGAUGCCAUCUAUUUUCUGAAGUGCACCAGUCACUCCUGCAGCAAAGCACUCCCACAGCAUGAUGCUGCCACCCCCGUGCUUCACGGUUGGGAUGGUGUUCUUCGGCUUGUAAGGAACCCCCUUUUUCCUCCAAACGUAACGAUGGUCAUUAUGGCCAAACAGUUAUAUAUUUGUUUCAUCAGACCAGAGGACAUUUCUCCAAAAAGUACGAUCUUUGUCCCCAUGUGCAGUUGCAAACCGUAGUCUGGCUUUUUUAUGGCGGUUUUGGAGCAGUGGCGCCUUGCUGAGCAGCAUUUCAGGUUAUGUCAAUAUAGGACUUGUUGUACUGUGGAUAUAGAUACUUUUGUACCUGUUUCCUCCAGAAUCUUCACAAGGACCUUUGCUGUUGUUCUGGGAUUGAUUUGCACUUUUCGCACCAAAGUACGUUCAUCUCUAGGAGACAGAACGCGUCUCCUUCCUGAGCGGUAUGACGGCUACGUGGUCCCAUGGUGUUUAAACUUGCGUACUAUUGUUUGUACAGAUGAACGUGGUACCUUCAGGCGUUUGGAAAUUGCUCCCAAUGAUGAACCAGACUUGUGGAGGUCUACAAUUUUUUUUUCUGAUGUCUUGGCUGAUUUCUUUUGAUUUCCCCAUGAUGUCAAGCAAAGAGGCACUGAGUUUGAAGGUAGGCCUUGAAAUACAUCCACAGGUACACCUCCAAUUGACUAAAAUGAUGUCAAUUAGCCUAUCAGAAGCUUCGAAAGCCAAGGCACAGUCAACUUAGUGUAUGUAAACUUCUGACCCACUGGAAUUGUGAUACAGUGAAUUGUAAGUGAAAUAAUCUGUCUGUAAACCAUUGUUGGAAAAAUUACUUGUGUCAUGCACAAAGUAGAUGUCCUAACCGACUUGCCAAAACUAUAGUUUGUUAACAAGAAAUUUGUGGAGUGGUUGAAAAACGAGUUUUAAUGACUCCAACCUAAGUGUAUGUAAACUUCCGACUUCAACUGUGUGUAUAUGUAUGUAUGUAUGUAUGUAUGUACAGUGGGGAAAAAAAGUAUUUAGUCAGCCACCAAUUGUGCAAGUUCUCCCACUUAAAAAGAUGAGAGAGGCCUGUAAUUUUCAUCAUAGGUACACGUCAACUAUGACAGACAAAUUGAGAGAAAAAAAUCCAGAAAAUCACAUUGUAGGAUUUUUAAUGAAUUUAUUUGCAAAUUAUGGUGGAAAAUAAGUAUUUGGUCACCUACAAACAAGCAGGAUUUCUGGCUCUCACAGACCUGUAACUUCUUCUUUAAGAGGCUCCUCUGUCCUCCACUCGUUACCUGUAUUAAUGGCACCGGUUUGAACUUGUUAUCAGUAUAAAAGACACCUGUCCACAACCUCAAACAGUCACACUCCAAACUCCACUAUGGCCAAGACCAAAGAGCUGUCAAAGGACACCAGAAACAAAAUUGUAGACCUGCACCAGGCUGGGAAGACUGAAUCUGCAAUAGGUAAGCAGCUUGGUUUGAAGAAAUCAACUGUGGGAGCAAUUAUUAGGAAAUGGAAGACAUACAAGACCACUGAUAAUCUCCCUCGAUCUGGGGCUCCACGCAAGAUCUCACCCCGUGGGGUCAAAAUGAUCACAAGAACGGUGAGCAAAGAUCCCAGAACCACAUGGGGGGACCUAGUGAAUGACCUGCAGAGAGCUGGGACCAAAGUAACAAAGCCUACCAUCAGUAACACACUACGCCGCCAGGGACUCAAAUCCUGCAGUGCCAGACGUGUCCCCCUGCUUAAGCCAGUACAUGUCCAGGCCGUCUGAAGUUUGCUAGAGUGCAUUUGGAUGAUCCAGAAGAGGAUUGGGAGAAUGUCAUAUGGUCAGAUGAAACCAAAAUAUAAAUUUUUGGUAAAAACUCAACUCGUCGUGUUUGGAGGACAAAGAAUGCUGAGUUGCAUCCAAAGAACACCAUACCUACUGUGAAGCAUGGGGGUGGAAACAUCAUGCUUUGGGGCUGUUUUUCUGCAAAGGGACCAGGACGACUGAUCCGUGUAAAGGAAAGAAUGAAUGGGGCCAUGUAUCGUGAGAUUUUGAGUGAAAACCUCCUUCCAUCAGCAAGGGCAUUGAAGAUGAAACGUGGCUGGGUCUUUCAGUAUGACAAUGAUCCCAAACACACCACCCGGGCAACGAAGGAGUGGCUUCGUAAGAAGCAUUUCAAGGUCCUGGAGUGGCCUAGCCAGUCUCCAGAUCUCAACCCCAUAGAAAAUCUUUGGAGGGAGUUGAAAGUCCGUGUUGCCCAGCGACAGCCCCAAAACAUCACUGCUCUAGAGGAGAUCUGCAUGGAGGAAUGGGCCAAAAUACCAUCAACAGUGUGUGAACACCUUGUGAAGACUUACAGAAAACGUUUGACCUGUGUCAUUGCCAACAAAGGGUAUAUAACAAAGUAUUGAGAAACUUUUGUUAUUGACCAAAUACUUACUUUCCACCAUAAUUUGCAAAUAAAUUCAUUAAAAAUCCUACAAUAUGAUUUUCUGGAGAAAAAAAAUCUCAAUUUGUCUGUCAUAGUUGACGUGUACCUAUGAUGAAAAUUACAGGCCUCUCUCAUCUUUUUAAGUGGGAGAACUUGCACAAUUGGUGGCUGACUAAAUACUUUUUUCCCCCACUGUAUGUGUACAUACACAUACAUACAGUACGUGUCAAAAGUUUGGACACCUACACAUUCAAGGGUUAUUCUUUAUUUGUACUAUUUCCUAUAUUGCAGAAUAAUAGUGAAGACAUCAAAACUAUGAAUAACACAUAUGGAAUCAUGUAGUAACCAAAAAAGUGUUAAACAAAUCAAAAUAUAUUUUAUAUUUGAGAUUCUUCAAAUAGCCACCCUUUGCCUUGAUCACAGUGUUGCACACUCUUGGCAUUCUCUCAACCAGCUUCAUGAGGUUGUCACCUGGAAUGCAUUUCAAUUAACAGGUGUACCUUCUUAAAAAUGUGUGUAAUUUAUUUCCUUAAUGCGUUUGAGCCAAUAAUUUGUGUUGUGACAAGGUAGGGGGGUAUACAGAAGAUAGCCCUAUUUGGUAAAAGACCAAGUCCAUAUUAUGGCAAGAACAGCUCAAAUAAGCUAAGAGAAAUUACAGUCCAUCAUUACUUUAAGACAUAAAGGUCAGUCAAUACGGAAAAUGUCAAAAACUUUGAAAGUUUCUUCAAGUGCAGUCGCAAAAACCAUCAAGCGCUUUGAUGAAACUGACUCUCAUGAGGACCGCCACAGGAAAGGAAGACCCGAUGUUACCUCUGCUGCAGAGGAUAAGUUCAUUAGAGUUACCAGCCUCAGAAAUUGCAGCCCAAAUAAAUGCUUCACAGAGUUCAAGUAACAGGCACAUCUCAACAUCAACUGUUCAGAGGAGACUGCGUGAAUCAGGUCUUCAUGGUUGAAUUGCUGCAAAGAAACCACAACUAAAGGACACCAAUAAGAAGAGACUUUCUUGGGCCAAGAAACAUGAGCAAUGGACAUUAAACCGGUGGAAAUCUGUCCUGUUAGUCUGAGUCCAAAUUUGAGAUUUGUGGUUCCAACUGCCGUGUCAUUGUGAGACGCAGAGUAGGUGAACGGAUGAUCUCCGCAUGUGUGGUUCCCACCGUGAAGCAUGGAGGAGGAGGUGUGAUGGUGUGGGGGUGUUUUGCUAGUGACACUGUCUGUGAUUUAUUUAGAAUUCAAGGCACGCUUUACCAGCAUGGCUACCGCAGCGUUCUGCAGCGAUACGCCAUCCCAUCUGGUUCUAUCAUUUAUUUUUCAACAGGACAAUGACAUUUACAUUUUACAUUUUAAUCAUUUAGCAGAAGCUCUUAUCCAGAGCGACUUACAGUUAGUGAGUGCAUACAUUUUCAUACUGGCCCCCUGUGGGAAUCGAACCUACAACCCUGGCGUUGCAAACACCAUGCUCUACCAACUGAGCUACACGGGGGGGCCAACACACCUCCAGGCUGUGUAAGGGCUAUUUGACCAAGAAAGAGAGUGAUGGAGUGGUGCAUCAGAUGACCUGGCCUCAACCCAAUUGAGAUGGUUUGGGAUGAGUUGGACCACAAAGUUGAAGGAAAAGCAGCAAGCAAGUGCUCAGCAUAUGUGGGAACACCUUCAAGACUGUUGGAAAAGCAUUCCAGGUGAAGCUGGUUGAGAGAAUGCCAAGAGUGUGCAAAGUUGGCAUCAAAUCCGAGGAAGAGCUCGGAUUUAUUGUUUUGAAAGUGUAUUGGGAAGUUCUUACUAGGUAGCUAACUUUUUAGUUUUGAUCCCGCGACACAGUUGGCAUCAGUUGCUGGGAUUGCUAGUCUCUGUCCAGUGAUCCUGCCGACCAAGGACAGGGUCUGAGGAGCUAUUUGGCGUUGCAGCAUAUGAAGCAUAUAAAGCAAGCAGGGUUUUCUUGAGAGCUUGAACGCAGCGGUUAGCCAUUGUGGCUGGGCCCACGGAUUGUCCCGGGUUUGUGGCUGUUUAGAUCCCUGCUGUUUUGUUGUUUUCAAGCUUCCCUGUGACCUGCCCUCUCUGGAACUGUGAGGAGUAACAGCGUAACCUACGUUGCUAGCUACCAUGACAAAGACCAAAGCUGGCGGGAGUACCGUUGCCGAGGACAGUGGUGUCUCUCUAUCACACGUGAAGGAUCUUUUAAACGAACAAAAAGAGUAAUACAAACAGUUGUUACAGCAACAAGAAAAUAGCUUCAAGUGCUUUGUCCAAAUGCUGGUGGAUUCAACUAAUAAAAGAAUGGACGACCUGACCAGAGAGGUCCAGGACCUAAAGAACAGUUUGCAGUUCUCCCAGGGUCAGCUCGAUUAGUUGAAAAAGGAGAACGGCAAGAUGACAGUAAUCUUUAAGUCAUUGAGAGAGGACAUCAGUUCUGUGUAUGAAUCCAUGAUAACAAUGACGGAUAAAUCCAGAGGGACAAUCAAGGCGUAACAACAUGGUUGUGGAUGGAAUUGCAGAAUCUCCACAUGAGACCUGGACGGAGUCUGAGGACAAAGUGAGGGAAAUGAUCUCGGAGAAAUUGAAGAUGGACCACAAGAAGAUUGAGUUGAAGUUCCUGAUGUUCAAGGACAAGGUAGCUGUUCUGGAAAGAGCCAAGACCUUGAGAGGAAUGUAUAUCUUUCUCAACGAUGACUAUCCUGAAGCUGCGCGCCUGAAGAGGGAAUAACUUAUCCCAGCCAUGAAAGCUGCCAGUAGGGACAUUGCUUACAUCCACUAUGACAGGCUCAUUAUCCACCCUCCCUCCCAGAAGCCUGGAAGGGAUGAGAGAGCCAAGCCUAUGGGUUCAUAGCUUCAACCCCACAGCGCGUGCACACACACACACACACACCAAUUGAUUAAUGGACUGCUGAAUGUAUAUAUUUUUUAUCUUGCUUUGUUUGCUCUUUUCAGUAUUAUGUCGACCUCUGAUAAGCUACCCAGGAAAGGGCUGAAAAUAGCAAAUUAUUAAUAUAUGUAGCCUUAGAAAUAAGGUUCAUGAAAUCAAUAACUUGCUAACAUCAGACAACAUUUAUAUAUUAGCCAUUUCUGAGACUCACUUAGAUAAUUCAUUUGAUGAUACAGCAGUAGCAAUACAAGAAUAUAACAUCUAUAGAAGAGACAGAAAUGCUUAUGGGGGAGGUGUUGCUGUAUAUAUUCAGAGCCAUAUCCUUGUAAUGCUUAGAGAAGAUCUUAAGUAAAGUAUUAUUGAAGUGUUGUGGUUGCAGGUUCACUUGCCACAUCUAAAGCCUUUUCUUUUAGUGCGUUGCUAUAGGCCACCAAGUGCGAACAGUCAGUAUCUAAAUAAUAUGUGUGAAAUGCUUGAUAGUGUAUGUGAUGUAAACAGAGAGGUCUACUUUCUUGGGGACCUGAAUAUUGACUGGUUUUCAUCAAGCUGUCCACUAAAGAGGAAGGUUCUUACUGUAACCAGUGCCUGUAAUCUGGUUCAGAUUAUUAAUCAACCUACCAGGGUGUUUACAAACACUACAGGAACAAGAUCAUCCACAUGUAUCGAUCAAAUUUUUACUACUAAUACUGUAGAACAUUGUUCUAAAGCUGUAUCCGUACCCAUUGGAUGCAGUGAUAACAUUACAGUGGCUAUAUCCAGGAAAGCCAAAGUUCCAACAGCUGGGCCUAAAAUAGUGUAUAAGAGAUCAUACAAAAGAUUCUGCUGUGACUCAUAUGUGGAUGAUAUUUGUUGGUCUGAUGUGAAAAAUAAGGAGCAUCCAGACACUGCACUUGAUGAAUUUAUGAAAUUGCUUCUUCCAAUUAUUGAUAAACAUGCACCUGUUAGGAAACUGACUGUUAGAACUGUUAAGGCUCCAUGGAUUGAUGAGGUAUUGAAAAACGAUGGUUGAAAGAGAUGGGGCAAAAGGAGUAGCUAAUAUGUCUGGCUGCACAUCUGACUGGUUGACUUUACAUUUACAUUUACGUCAUUUAGCAGACGCUCUUAUCCAGAGCGACUUACAAAUUGGUGCAUUCACCUUAUAGCCAGUGGCAUAACCACUUUACAAUAUGUUUUUUUUCUUUCUUUGGGGUGGGGUAAGGGGGGGUAGAAGGAUGACUUUAUCCUAUCCCAGGUAUUCCUUAAAGAGGUGGGGUUUCAAGUGUCUCCGGAAGGUGGUGAGUGACUCUGCUGUCCUGGCGUCGUGAGGGAGCUUGUUCCACCAUUGGGGUGCCAGAGCAGCGAACAGUUUUGACUGGGCUGAGCGGGAACUGUGCUUCCGCAGAGGUAUGGGGGCCAGCAGGCCAGAGGUGGAUGAACGCAAUGGCCUCGUUUUGGGUGUAGGGACUGAUCAGAGCCUGAAGGUACGGAGGUGCCGUUCCCCUCACAGCUCCGUAGACAAGCACCAUGGUCUUGUAGCAGAUGCGAGCUUCAACUGGAAGCCAGUGGAGUGUGCGGAGGAGCAGGGUGACGUGAGAGAACUUGGGAAGGUUGAACACCAGACGGGCUGCGGCAUUCUGGAUGAGUUGUAGGGGUUUAAUGGCACAGGCAGGGAGCCCAGCCAACAGCGAGUUGCAGUAAUCCAGACAGAUGACAAGUGCCUGGAUUAGGACCUGUGCCGCUUCCUGUGUAAGGCAGGGUCGUACUCUCCGAAUGUUGUAGAGCAUGAACCUACAAGAUCGGGUCACCGCCUUGAUGUUAGUGGAGAAUGACAGGGUGUUGUCCAGGGUCACGCCAAGGCUCUUCGCACUCUGGGAGGAGGACACAACGGAGUUGUCAACCGUGAUGGCGAGAUCAUGGAACGGGCAGUCCUUCCCCGGGAGGAAGAGCAGCUCCGUCUUGCCGAGGUUCAGCUUGAGGUGGUGAUCCAACAUCCACACUGAUAUGUCUGCCAGACAUGCAGAGAUGCGAUUCGCCACCUGGUUAUCAGAAGGGGGAAAGGAGAAGAUUAGUUGUGUGUCGUCUGCGUAGCAAUGAUAGGAGAGGCCAUGUGAGGAUAUGACAGAGCCAAGUGACUUGGUGUAUAGUGAGAAUAGGAGAGGGCCUAGAACUGAGCCCUGGGGGACACCAGUGGUGAGAGCACGUGGUGCGGAGACAGAUUCUCGCCACGCCACUUGGUAGGAGCGACCCAUCAGGUAGGUCGCAAUCCAAGAGUGAGCCGCGCCGGAGAUGCCCAACUCGGAGAGGGUGGAGAGGAGGAUCUGAUGGUUCACAGUAUCAAAGGCAGCAGACAGGUCUAGAAGGACAAGAGCAGAGGAGAGAGAGUUAGCUUUAGCAGUGCGGAGAGCCUCCGUGACACAGAGAAGAGCAGUCUCAGUUGAAUGACCAGUCUUGAAACCUGACUGGUUUGGAUCAAGAAGGUAAUUCUGAGAGAGAUAGCAAGAGAGUUGGCUAAAGACGGCACGCUCAAGAGUUUUGGAGAGAAAAAAAGAAGGGAUACUCGUCUGUAGUUGUUGACAUCAGAGGGAUCCAGUGUUGGUUUUUUGAGAAGGGGUGCAACUCUCGCUCUCUUGAAGACGGAAGGGACAUAGCCAGCGGUCAAGGAUGAGUUGAUGAGCGAGGUGAGGUAAGGGAGAAGGUCACCGGAGAUGGUCUGGAGAAGAGAGGAGGAGAUAGGGUCAAGUGGGCUUGGGCGGCCGGCCGUCACAAGUCGCAAGAAUUCAUAUGGAGAGAGAGGGGAGAAAGAAGUCGAAGCAUAGGGUAGGGCAGUGUGAGCAGGACCAGCAGUGUCAUUUGACUUAACAAACGAGGAUCGGAUGUCGUCAACCUUCUUUUCAAAAUGGUUGACGAAGUCAUCCACAGAGAGGGGGGGGGGGGGGGGGGGGGGGUGAUUCAGCAGGGAGGAGAAGGUGGCAAAGAGCUUCCUGGGGUUAGAGGCAGAUGCUUGGAAUUUAGUGGUAGAAAGUGGCUUUAGCAGCAGAAACAGAUGAAGAAAAUGUAGAGAGGAGGGAGUGAAAAGAUGCCAGGUCCGCAGGGAGUCUAGUUUUCCUCCAUUUCCGCUCGGCUGCCCGGAGCCCUGUUCUGUGAGCUCGCAAUGAGUCGUCAAGCCACGGAGCAGGAGGGGAGGACCGAGCCGGCCGGGAGGAUAGGGGACAUAGAGUCAAAAGAUGCAGAAAGGGAGGAGAGGAGGGUUGAAGAGGCAGAAUCAGGAGAUCGGAGGGAGAAGGAUUGAGCAGAGGGAAGAGAUGAUAGGAUGGAAGAGGAGAGAGUAGCGGGAGAGAGAGCGAAGGUUGCGACGGCGCAUUACCGUCUGAGUAGGGGCAGAGUGAGUAGUGUUGGAGGAGAGCGAGAGAGAAAAGGAUACAAAGUAGUGGUCGGAGACAUGGAGGGGAGUUGCAGUGAGAUUAGUAGAAGAACAGCAUCUAGUAAAGAUGAGGUGAAGAUAUUGCCUGCCUUGUGAGUAGGGGGGGACGGUGAGAGGGUGAGGUCAAAAGAGGAGAGGAGUGGAAAGAAGGAGGCAGAGAGAAAUGAGUCAAAGGUAGACGUAGGGAGGUUGAAGUCCCCCAGAAAUGUGAGGGGUGAGCCAUCCUCAGGAAAGGACCUUAUCAAGGCGUCAAGCUCAUUUGAUGAACUCUCCAAGGGAACCUGGAGGGCGAUAAAUGACAAGGAUGUUAAGCUUGAAUGGGCUAGUGACUGUGACAGCAUGGAAUUCAAAUGAGGAGAUAGACAGAUGGGUCAGGGGAAAAAGAGAGAAUGUCCACUUGGGAGAGAUGAGGAUUCCUGUGCCACCACCCCGCUGACCAGAUGCUCUCGGGGUAUGCGAGAACACAUGGUCAGACGAGGAGAGAGCAGUAGGAGUAGCAGUGUUUUCAGUGGUAAUCCAUGUUUCCGUCAGCGCCAAGAAGUCGAGGGAUUGGAGGGUAGGAUAGGCUGAGAUGAACUCUGCCUUGUUGGCCGCAGAACGGCAGUUCCAGAGGCUGCUGGAGACCUGGAACUCCACGUGGGUCGUGCGUGCAGGGACCACCAGGUUAGAGAGGCAGCAGCCACACGGUGUGAGGCGUUUGUAUAGCCUGUGCGGAGAGGAGAGAACAGGGAUAGACAGAGGCAUAGUUGACAGGCUACAGAAAAUGGCUACAAUAAUGCAAAGGAGAUCGGAAUGUAAUGAACUAAACAUCUGGGAAAGCGAGAGAGCGGGGCCUCCCUCACUUAUGUUUCACUGAAACACCCAAAUAUAACUCUCCCAACUUCCACCUCAGAAACUAUAAUUGUUGUAAACUACAGCUGUUCAAUGUUUUCUAGGAAUAGACUAACUUAGUUUAUUCAGCUAGCUAACUUGGUACAGUAUUCUUCCGUGAAAACCGUCCAGGGCACCUAGUCAUAUGACACCACAGCCAACUAGCAUGCCGGACUCCAUCAACACGGUUUAGCACCAAUACUCGGCCACAACAAACCACCAGUGUGUCAACACGCCAAGCAGAUCAUUCGUGUCCGUGUCUAACGUUGUGGGUUAGUACCGACAGCUUGAGCGAGUCCGUCGUCAACUUAUUCAGCCAGUUAGUUAGCUAGAAUAGUUAGCAUACUAGCUAGCCAUUGCUUUCUGCCAACGAAGAAACCCGUCCUCCCACGGCACGAACACACAGAGAGAGCUAAGCUAACGUUAACUAGUCACCCAUGUCCUGAAUUCCCUUGAACGACUCUGGCUACCAGUAUGUAAAAACAAAACACAAAUGUAGGUUAUAGCUUACACCUAGUAGCUACUGUUAGCUAGCCAAGUGCAAAGCUAGCCACUGAAUCGAUUCAGCCAGUUCGCGUCUGUUCGCUAGGUCGUUCCAGCUAUUGUUUAGUAGCUAUCCAGGUAGCAACAAGCUAGCUACAUUUCGAGCACAGUAGCUACUUACUACCUAACGUUAACGCUUCAGACAAUGAGGUUAGAAAAACAGCUGAAUGGUAGGCAUUAUUGUAUGUAAUUAUUGUAGGCAGCUAGCUGGCGUAAUUACAGGUACUCUCAAGCGUGAAACAACUAUCCACAGUUGCUAAUAGUUACCAGUAGCUACCCGCUAGCUAGUCCAGGUAGUGGGUUAGCUAGCCUCGUGCUUCACCGGGCUCAGCCGAAUACAGUACCUAAAAUAAUUACAUACAAUAACCCACGAUAACUACCUACAAUACCUAACUACAAUCUAACUACAUAGUUUAAGCUUUACUCGACACCAUAUAAGCCAAGCUUACCUCCCGCCAGAGAGAGACACAACCUCACCCGACGACAACGAUAACCAAACCAAUUGCUGCAAAUUGAGAAAUGAUGUGACUACAUUUACAUUUACAUUUUAGUCAUUUAGCAGACGCUCUUAUCCAGAGCGACUUACAGUUAGUGAGUGCAUACAUUAUUAUUAUUAUUAUUAUUAUUAUUAUUUUUUUCAUACUGGCCCCCCGUGGGAAUCGAACCCACAACCCUGGCGGCGUUGCAAACGCCAUGCUCUACCAACUGAGCUACAUCCCUGACUAAACUCAACAAAAAUAAGAAACUGUAUUAUGAAGCCAAGAUCAAAGAUAUAAAUGAUAUAAAGAAUGAUGUAAAAAACUUUGGAGUAAUUUAAAUGAAAUUAUGGGCAGAAAGACAAAUAAAUGUUUCAUCUGGCAGACAUAUCAGUGUGGAUGUUGGAUAACCACCUCAAGCUGAACCUCAGCAAGACGGAGCUGCUCUUCCUCCCGGGGAAGGACUGCCCGCUCCAUGAUCUCGCCAUCACGGUUGACAACUCCAUUGUGUCCUCCUCCCAGAAUGCAAAGAACCUUGGCGUGACCCUGGACAACACCCUGUCGUUCUCCGCUAACAUCAAAGCGGUGACCCGAUCCUGCAGGUUCAUGCUCUACAACAUUCGCAGAGUACGACCCUACCUUACACAGGAAGCGGCACAGGUCCUAAUCCAGGCACUUGUCAUCUCCCGUCUGGAUUACUGCAACUCGCUGUUGGCUGGGCUCCCUGCCUGUGCCAUUAAACCCCUACAACAUAUCCAGAACGCUGCAGCCCGUCUGGUGUUCAACCUUCCCAAGUUCUCUCAUGUCACCCCGCUCCUCCGCACACUCCACUGGCUUCCAGUUGAGGCUCGCAUCUACUACAAGACCAUGGUGCUUGCCUACGGAGCUGUGAGGGGAACGGCACCUCCGUACCUUCAGGCUCUGAUCAGACCCUACACCCAAACGAGGGCACUACGUUCAUCCACCUCUGGCCUGCUAGCCCCCUUACCUCUACGGAAGCACAGUUCCUGCUCAGCCCAGUCAAAGCUAUUCGCUGCUCUGGCACCACAAUGGUGGAACUAGCUCCCCCACGACGCCAGGACAGCGGAGUCACUGGCCACCUUCCGGAGACACUUGAAACCCUACCUCUUUUAAGGAAUAUCUGUAAUAGUAUAAAAGUAAUCCUUCUACCCUCCCUCCCCCCCCCCCCCCCCCCCCCCCCCCAUUAAAAAAAAGUGGUUGUCCCACUGUCUAUCAUAAGUUGAAUGCACCAAUUUGUAAGUCGCUCUGGAUAAGAGCGUCUGCUAAAUGAUGUAAAUGUAAUAGAAUCAGAUGGCUUAUUCAUCACAAAACCAUUUUGAUGUUGCCAAAUAUUUUAAUGAUUACUUAAUUGGCAAAGUGGGCAAACUUAGGCAGGAAAUGCCAACAAUGAACAGUGAGCCAUCAUAUUCAUACAUAAUGAAAGAAAAGCAUUGCAAGUUUGAAUUCUGUAAAGUUAGUGUGGGAGAGGUGGAAAAGUUAUUGUUAUCGAUCAAUAAUGACAAACCUCCUGGCAUUGACAACUUAGAUGGAAAGCUACUGAGGAUGGUAGCUGACUCUAUAGCCACUCCUAUCUGUCAUAUCUUUAAUCUGAGCCUAGAGGAAAGUAUUUGUCCUCAGGCCUGGAGGGAAGCCAAAGUAAUUCCGCUAUCCAAGAAUGGUAAAGCGGCCUUUACUGGUUCUAACAGCAGACCAAUCAGCUUGCUGCCAGCUCUUAGCAAACUGUUGGAAAAAAUGGUGUUUGACCAAAUACAAUGCUAUUUCUCUGUAAACAGAUUAACAGACUUUCAGCAUGCUUAUAGGGAAGGGCACUCAACAUGUAUUGCACUGACACAAAUUACUGAUGAUUGGUUGAAAGAAAUUGAUAAUAAGAAGAUUGUGGGAGCUGUACUGUUAGAUUUCAGUGCAGCCUUUGAUAUUAUUGACCAUAACCUGUUGUUGAAAAAACGUAUGUGUUAUGGCUUUUCAACCUCUGCCAUAUCGUGGAUUCAGAGCUAUCUAUCUAAUAGAACUUAAAGGGUUUUCUUUAAUGGAAGCUUCUCUAAUGUCAAACAUGUAAAGUGUGGUGUACCACAGGGCAGCUCUUUAGGCCCUCUACUCUUUUAUAUUUUUACCAAUGACCUGCCACUGGCAUUAAUCAAAGCAUGUGUGUCCAUGUAUGCUGAUGAUUCAACCAUAUACGCAUCAGCAACCACAGCUAAUUUUAUCACUAAAACCCUUAAAGAGUUGCAGUCUGUUUUGGAAUGGGUGGACUAAUAAACUGGUCAGGAACAUCUCUAAAACUAAGAGCAUUGUAUUUGGUACAAAUCAUUCCCUAAAUUCUAGACCUCUGCUGAAUCUGGUAAUGAAUGGUGUGGCUGUUGAACAAGUUGAGGAAACUAAAUUACUUGGCGUUACCUUAGUUUACAAUCUAUCAUGGUCAAAACAUAUAGAUUCAAUUGUUGUAAAGAUGGGGAGAGGUCUGUCCGUAAUAAAGAGAUGCUCUGCUUUUUUGACACCACACUCCAAAAAGCAAAUUCUGCAGGCUCUAGUUUUGUCUAAUCUUGAUUAUUGUCCAGUCGUGUGGUUCAGUGCUGCAAGGAAAGACCGAGAUAAGCUGCAGCAGACCCAAAACAGAGCGACACAUCUUGCUCUUCAUUGUAAUCAGAGAGCUGUUAUAAAUGCUAUGCAUGCCAGUCUCUCUUAGCUAAGAGUUGAGGAGAGACUGACUGCAUCACUUUUUCUUUUUAUAAGAAACAUUAAUGUGUUGAACACACACUUACCCCACCAGACAUGCCACCAGGGGUCUUUUCACAGUCCCCAAAUCCAGAACAAAUUCAAGAAAGCGGACAGUAUUAUAUAGAGCCAUUAUUGCAUGGAACUCCGUUCCAUCUCAUAUUGCUCAAAUGAACAGCAAACCUGGUUUCAAAAAACCGAUAAAACAGCACCACGGCUCAACGCCCCUCCCCUAUUUGACCUAGAUAGUUUGUGUAUGUACUGAUAUGUAGGCUACGUGUGCCUUUAAAAAAAAGUGUAUGUAGUUCUGUCCUUGAGCUGUUCUUGUCCCCUGUAGCUCUGUUGGUUAGAGCAUGGCGCUUGCAACGCCAGGGUUGUGGGUUUGUUUCCCACGGGGGGCCAGUAUGAAAAUGUAUGCACUCACUAACUGUAAGUUGCUCUGGAUAAGAGCGUCUGCUAAAUGACUAAAAUGUAAAAAAUGAAUGUAUUAUGUCAUCUUUCAUAUUUUGUGUGGACCCCAGGAAGAGUAGCUGCUGCUUUUGCGACAGCUAAUGGGGAUCCUAAUAAAAUACCAAGGCUACUUUGAAGAAUCUAACAUCUAAAAUAUAUUUUGAUUUGUUUAACACUUGUUUUGGUUACUACAUGAUUCCAAAUGUUAUGUCAUAGUUUUGAUGUCUUCACUAUUAUUCUGCAAUGUAGAAAAUAGUACAAAUAAAGAAAAACCCUUGAAUGAGUCGGUGUGUCCAAACUUUUGACUGGUACUAUACAUACAUACUGUACGUACACACACACCGGUCACACCGGAGCUGUGCCAAGGCCUCCUCUAUACCCACGUCUUGGUUCAUCACUGGUUGAAUUAUGGCUGUGUGUUUUGUUGUACCUAGGAAGAGCUGCCUUCCAUCCAUCCUCAUAUCUCCCUUCGCUUCUGCCGGAUACAGGCGUCAUGACGAUAGUAAAUUCUGUUUGUUUUCUACCAGCUGCCAUUUUGAAAUGUUAUUAGUUUCAUUUAUUGUAGGCUGCUUGGCACUGUGUCAGCUUGAGUUGGUGCUUGACAUUAAUAUAGGGCCUGCAGAAGAGGAUGAUAGGGCAAUUAUUGAUGAUAGUCACUGGUAAAGUUGGCUUUCCUUCCCUACAGUCAGAGAGACGGUGUUAUCAGACAGUAUGAGGACGCACACACACACACACACACCCCUUAAUAGGAGAAAGUCAGACUGAGAAUAGGAACAGUAGGAACAGUAUGAGAGACAGGGAACUGACCUGAUCAUUGACAGUUGCUGAGCUGUCUCUUUCUCUCUGAACAGUAGGACAGGGAAGUGAGUGGAUAUAACCAGCAUGAUAUGACAGCUGUGCUAUAGGUUAAUUAAUGUCACUCUCCCUGGGUGGGGUGGGGGUGAGGGCUAGGUACGACCCAGGGAGGGGAUCCUCUGCCUCUCCUGGUGCCCCAUAGGGAAGCUCUCCCUCUGGGACCUGGUAGCAGGUCAGUCAAGGCAAACUGUCUCAAAACCAAGUUCUCCUCUCCCAAUUCUCCCAGUCCAUCGCUGCCAACUUGUUCAGUGACCUCUCACGUUACAACACUGCUGGUGUCUUUGCACACUGAAAUACAUUAUUUGAGGUAAUUUCAAAAGGUAUCAUUUGAGGAGUCAUUUCAGUGUAACUUUCACUUCAUACUAAAAAUGGUGCUCAUUUCAAGUAGUUAAAUAUCUGCUGUGGCUAUUUUAAAAACCGAUUGUAGCAGAGACAAAAAUAGUGUGUUGACAGUAGCUGUGAUAUGUGAUGUAAUACUGCUAUGUGCUGUUUAAUAUGCCCCCUACAUCCAUUGCAUUGCCCACUGCAUAGAAAUAGAAUGACUGAAUGACUACUACACUAUUUCUAUGGUCUACUGUCCAGUCCAGUGUUGUGUAAUAAUACGUACCCCUCCUCUAUUGUGUUGCAGUUCUGUGUGGAACUGAACCAGGGCUCGUUGGACAGCGUGAGGAAGUGGAGAGGACCACGGGGAGUCUGGAAGAGUACCGUCUCUGAGAAACACACAGGACUGUCCAACGAGGUAAGGUUACUGAUGACCUCACUGCACUAAAAACUAUUUUAUUCUCUUUCCCUUUCUGUCUGUCUGUCUUUCUUGCUUCUCUCUCUCUUUUUCCAUCUCUCUCCCGCUCUGUUUCUCCCCCCCCCCCCCCCCCAGCCCCCCUCUCUCACAAUCUCACAUCCCAUCUGAAACAGACCACCCAUCUCAAUAUUUCACACAGCCCAGAAGUAAACAGCAAUUAUUACUGAAAAAUGUACUAACCCUUUACACUCAAACAUAACCUCUUUACUAAGGGGCUGUUAUCAGUGACCAGAUGUAGCUCAAUAGAUACCAUGAUCUAAGGUCUGCUGUAGUGGUCAAAGGUCAGAAGGUCUAGUACAGUAUGAUUAAAGCUGGUUGUUUUAGGGGACCCUUAGAGAGAGGCCCUUUCUGUUCCCAUAAUGUCUGUCCAACACUCUGUCUUCCCAAACACCACAAGGACUAUAUAGCAGUGUGAAGCCAGUCCUGAAAUUGACCCUUGAAGUUAACUUGAGCUUUAUUCUGUGUCUGUGGCCGAUGGCUCCUGUCAAGUAAGAUGGAUAGUACAGAUAAUGUGGAGGGGGGUCAUAAACAAACCCUCUGACCUCUAGUACUGUCAGCCUCCCAUCCCUCCCUGCCACCCUCUCCUAGUCCUGCCACUGUCAGCCUCCCUCUCCUGCCACUGUCAUUCUCCCUCUCCUGCCACUGUCAACCUUCCAGCCCUCCCUGCCACCCUCUCCUAGUCCUGCCACUGUCAACCUUCCAGCCCUCCCUGCCUCCCUCUCCUAGUCCUGCCCUUCCACUGUCAACCUUCCAGCCCCCCACUGUCAACCUUCCAGCCCUUCCUGCCUCCCUCUCCUAGUCCUGCCCUGCCACUGUCAGCCUCCCAUCCCUCCCAGCCUCCCUCUCCUAGUCCUGCCACUGUCAGGCUCUGCAGUUUGUCAAGGAGCUGUGAAGAUGCUCUGGAAUGGAGCUAUAACUCUUCUGCUGUUACUCUGACCUGUUCAGUGUAGAACAGGAUCUCCGUGUACGAUUUGAUUAGUUUUUAUAAUGGCUUUUGGUGGUGGUUAGGGAUGUGUGUGUGUGUGUGUGUGUGUGUGUGUGUGUGUGUACAAUUUGAUUAGUUUUUAGUGCAAGUGUGUUUGUGUGUCUGCUCUCUGCACGUGGUUUAGAAAGCUCCAUUGACUAAGCAGCAGGAAGAUGUAGCCAGUGGGUAUCAUAUCUGUCUGAGGCUCCACUGCAGUGGCCAUGUUCUCUGGCCUGUCUUAUCUAUGACACACCCCUCCUCUCUCUCUCUCUCUCUCUCUCUCUCUCUCUCUCUCUCUCUCUCUCUCUCUCUCUGUCUCUCUCUGUCUCUCUCUGUCUCUGUCUCUGUCUCUCUCUCUGUCUCUGUCUCUGUCUGUCUCUGUCUUUCUCUCUGUCUUUCUCUCUGUCUCUCUCUCUCUGUCUAUUAAUCUAAUCUAUCUCAAACUAGUCCAUCUGCUUCUGGGUCUAGCUGUGACGCUGACCGUUACCCCAGCAAAUGAUCCCCUCCUGCCCCAGAGGCAGACCCACCAGAACUCAGAGAGGCUUAAACUUUCCCUGGGUGGGGGGGGCUCAUUUAACUAACAGAGAGGAGAACUGAAGAUACAGCCAUGCCUUCAUCUGCAGUAUAUAGGCCAGACAUCCCCAGGCUCUUUAUAUUUAGAGAGGGCUGACCAGGAAACAUCCCCCUCCCUAGUGAUAUAGUAGAGACUGAGCUCUGGCUUUGGGAAGUUCACUGAAAACUGAGUUGACUCCAAUACUGGUUCAAGGGUGUCCUGGAAAUUUGACAAGUCUCCUUUUUUCACUCCUGUCUGUCUGUUGUCCUCUCUUCCCUCAGGGAGUCAGUUAUUCUGGGUUCCUGUGGGACAGCUCUUCUGGGAUCGACCUGAAAGAUGCUUCCGUCGUGGAGAGUCCUGUUGUCAACGGCAAUGGGAAACACCCCCAACCCCGGCCUUAUCUUGCCCACUUUUAUGUAAGUCAACAAGGAGUGUGUGUGUCCCUAAACUGAAAUGACUAUCAUAAAAUGACUGUAACAGAACGCAUUACUCAUUUUAUUGCCCCUAUCAAUACCAUUAUAACCAUAUAAAGUCCUGCUAGAGAGACUAACAUUAUGUUAAUGGUUAAUAUGUGACUAGAUUGGAAAGUCUGAGCUGACGAUAGUCAAUGUCCACAUGAGAGCUCCGGCUGUGUCUGGGGCUGAGGAGUCCAACGGUAGGAACCACCACUCUGAGGAAGUCAAGGCCCACAGACAUACCUCUAGUAUCCAGGACGCACUGAAAGGUCAGUAGCUGAAGGUCAAAGGUCACCCUAGUCUGUCUUUUCUAAACUUACGUCCUCUGUCUCUUCCUUUAUUCUUACCCUCUUUCUCUUCCUCCGUGGUUUAUUGUAUUCGGUUUUUUGACGUAGCUACAUGGCUAAUGUCCAUCUGUGGUUUAUCUGUGUGACAGGACAGAAGGGCCUGGUGGUGUUAGGGGACUUUGGCCUGCCCCCCCAGAGCAGUGAGUUGGACCAGCUGAGGAAGGAGAGGCUGAGCCCCCUGGUGCCCCCCAACAUGUUCACCAACAUCAGCACCCGCUCCCCCCAGGGCUCCCUCUGUCUGGACAACAUCUGGGUCAGCAAGUCACUGAAGAAGAUUUAUGCAGGUACGUCUGUGUCUGUUUGUGUCUGUCUGAUGUCUACGGAUGUAACUGUGUGUCAGAAUAUGUGGCGUUCAUACCAUUGUAGUUAUACCCACUGCAAUAAACUACCAGGAAUUUAAUCUGAAUGUGUAACCUCUCUGAAGUGUAUGUAUCUCCAUGUAUGUGCUUCCCCCUGCAGGUCACUGCCUGGUGGUGCGGGAGGGCCUGACCAACCCCUGGAUACCUGACAACUGGUCGUGGGGCGGGGUGGCGUCUGACCAUUGUCCUGUCAUGGCAGAGUUCUUCGUGGACGUUGCGCCGAAGGAGCUGAGAAACAGAGUUGCCGUGGUAGAGAGAGGAGAAAGUAUGUCGAAACACGAACGGUGA